AUGACCAAAGAAAACCUCAAAAAAGAACUUUUAACUACCGUUACACUGGGAAUAAAGCCGAGUGAUAUUAAAAAACUAAAACGCUCUAAAUCGGCUAAUGAUUUGCCUAACUCUUUACCGGAACAAGAAGCCUUUUUGAAAGAACUUUGGCUUCUAUUACAUCCGCAAACUAGGAGCUUAUCUUUGACCGAACCAGUUAACCAAGAAGCACUAAAAAAGGCCUUGAAAGUCCAAUUAGACCAACUAAAAGAACUUGGCAAUUGCCCACCGCAAGCCUUAUUAACCGACCAGUUAAAAGAAAAGCAAACUGAAAUUGAAACUUUACGAGCCCAACUAGCACAAAAAAACACUGAAUUAACCCAAGUUAAAAGCGAGUUAGACCAAUCUCUCGAAGCUCGCUGUAAAGGUUUAACCACUUUUGGUCAUGAGUAUGAAAAAAGAAAUAAAGCUGAACAGGAGUUAAAUGAAACGGUAGAAGAAGCUGCUAGUGAACUAAAACACGGCGAUAAGCAAAACUCUUCUUUAAGAACACAGCUUUUUCAAGCUAACCAGCAAAUAAGCACCCUCCAACACGAAUUAAGUUUAGCCCGAAUUAACCGGAACCGAAACUUACCUGAUAACCCCCUCGAAUACCCUUUUGCCUACUGA